AUUCGGAUUGAUCCUCCCUUGUUGUCCGUCAGGUUUACUAGGCUACCGGUUAAAAAUGCUACACGAGUCCCGAAAUUCAAAUUUGGCGCGGCUUGCUCCACGCUUCUCCUGACACGCGGUAACACACACACAAAAUUUCUCGUGCAAGUGGUUGAUCGCUUGGAAUACACGAAACAGACACAGCAGACAGUGCACACAACCCAUCAAACCAACAGCCAUUAUCAGUCAGUUGUGGCCGAGAAAAAGGUUUCAGUAGAGGUAGUUUGUUGGCACGCACAUGCUAGUGUUGGUAUUAAUAGAGACUCCAUCAUCAAUAUAAAGAGACAAUCUCCACGGCGGCCCUCUUUCAGUUCAGCGUGACAAUUCCGCAUUCUUUUUCCAGCGUGUUUUCUCCCAGUCAAUCGGUAGCAACGAAAGAGAAAGAGAAGAAACAAGGGCCAACAUGAACCCCACUCCUUGGUCUCACUUCGGCGGAUCGGUCAAUCCAAUGCCUCAUUCUUCGACCACUGCUGAUUCUACCGGUACUUUGGCGCUUCCAUCUUCUUCUGCCUCUUCUGCUUCUACUUCUUCCGCCACGGCCAGUGACAACAAGAGCAAUAGUAGUGUUACCAAAUCCUCUUCCGAUAGUGGAUCUGCGUUGCUCCGAUCAUUGCCCACGGAUUCCAGUGGUGUCAUUGCAGCGACGAGUGCCACGACUAUGGACGGAUCUGCCACACUUGACCAAAAAACGGACGGGCCAUCUGCUGAUCAAGUACCUCGACGCAACUUGUCGGAAGCCUUUGAGGAACUCUACAUUGCCGCACCCGAACACGGAACACCGGCCAUGAAGACAUGCAUGGAUUCGGACAAGAAUCAAGUCUCGACCAAUAUGAUUUCUCCCACCGGAGUGGCGGAUUUGCAUCCAGCAUCACCCGAGGAGUCUCCAAAGUCAGAGGGGGCUCCUCUUCCCUACUUUUCGUUGCACAAGGAUCUCCAGAGAGACUUGUCGCAAGCGGUGAUUAACCGGGUCUCCUUUUAUGGUGUCAUUCAUGACAUUAACAAGGAAGCCAGUGCCAUGGCCGCCAAUGACGAUUCCGGUUUGAACCGGGCUCCGGAAGAUAUGCAGGAAGAAUGCUCUCCUUUGGUGGAAGCUGUCAAGGGACCAUCUGCCAAUCGUUCGGAUAUUUCCAGUUCCAUGAUCUCGGCGGCAUUGAUUGAUGAGGAGCGUUGGUUGCUAUCGGCAAUUGAGACGAGGGGAGAUGAUGAAAUCCGUCCCAUUCAGGCGUGUCCUCCCACCUUUUUGCAGGCCAUGGGCGAGCGAGAGUACGAAAACCCUCUCGCGUCGCUCUCUAGUGGCAGUCGCACACAGCUCUGGAAGCCAUCCCGUAGUUGGUGGGAGGCCAAGAGUGGAAAGAACCCUUGGAUCGAACCCAAGAGUCACAACAAGCGAUGGAGGUACCUGUGGCCCCUCAUUCACUACCACAAAUUCUUGGCCAAGUGCAUCAAAAAGCUCAAGAGGAAUGGAGUGGAUGUCAAAAUGUCGGUAUCUCCCGUUGCGGCCUUUUUGAGGGAGGAAGUAUGUGCCGUCUCGGACCAUUUGGCUACUGUCUCCCUCUUUGAUUCGGAGGAAUGGAUGGGCUGCUUGCAGCACUUUACCGGGUGGACCGAUACCCGAGCCACGGCGCAGACCAAUUUGCGCAUGUUGGUGGCACAGCUCCACUUGCGACCAUUGGCGGAACAUGGCGAUGUGGAGAGUCCACUGUUGCGCAGUCAGAUUGAUGAGCAGUUUCUUCGGGCCAUGGCUGCGGCGAGAUCUCAGAUGGAAUUGGGAUCGGAACAAGACCGUCAGAAGCAUGGCGGCAAGCCACCCACUUCGCGACCUCCCCAUCAUCCUCGCCAUGGAAUGGAAAACCUUCCACCCCACAUGCACCAAGUUCCCAACCACGUCGGUGUCGGAGGACAAGGCCAUCGUGGCACUGGAAUUCGUCGUCCUCGGCUUGGAUACUCGUAUCCGCAUCAGUGGUGGGGCCAAGGAUGGCAUCAGGGACACCACCCUCACCAGUAUCCAUUCGGGGAUGACGCUAGCGUGCAUUCCUCCUUGUCGAGUGAAGCCUUUUCGGAAUUUGGCAUGUACGGUGCACCACCAGGCCCCAAUGGCCCCUACUACCCUCCUGCUUACCACCAUCCUCAUGGGUACGAUCAUUCCCACGGCCCGGGAGCUGGAUAUGAUCCCAACAUGGCGGCGGCGGGUGACCAUCACGGCAUGUAUCCUAUGCAUGCCCCAUACCAUCCCGAACAUGCUGGUCUUGGCUUUUUUGGACACGCUCCUGUGGAUCCCAGCAUGGCGUAUGGCAUGCAACAUGAUGAAAUGGGUGGAUACUAUGGGGUGCCACCUACUCCCAAGUCUCCUCACCAUUCGUCGCCUGCCCCUCAUCAUCAAGGGCAGCAGCAUACGAUCCAGGAGAAUGGUGGAACUCAGAUGGAUGGAACGAAUGCCAUGGCAGCGGGAGCGCAGACUCCCUACAAGUAUGAUCCGUCCAAGACACCUCGUUCUCCCUAUUGGGGACACUUGGACGCUACGAUUGCCAUGGGUCUUUCGACACCACAAACACAUGUCAAGGAGAACCACCAUCCGUUGAUGUCGCCAGAGGAAGGAGGCGAAGAGGGUGCAGUAGGAGCGGCCCAGCCACUUCUUUUGAGGGGGUCUCAGUACUAUGGAUACGGUCCAGUCAGCAAUUAUGGCCCUCCCUCUCCCGCUACACAGUUUUUGAUGUCGCCUCAGGCAAACUUUGCUUUCAAUUAUGGGUACGGCUACUCGCCCGCGAAUGGCCACUUGCCGGCUCAUUUCAAGCAAUCUCCUGGGUUUUACGGCGAAGGGACGAAUCUUUGUUCCUCCUUGAAGGAAGUGGCACCUGGGCUGUCUCCUUCGGCUUCAACUCGUCGAAAGCAAUCAGCUUUACCUGGAGACGACCGCGAAAGCCCCUCUACUGUGGAGACCAUUACAGAAAGCGAAACUCUUUCGGAAGGCACCUAAGCAUUUGAUUUGCCCACAGCAUUACGAACAGACCAGACCAACAUUACACAGCAGCGCAAACAAUCAAUCUUACAGUGGAACCGGAAUCUAUCUCUAGUGCGAUUCUUAGAAACCUAUAUCUCUUUAAAGUUGACAGAAAGUAGUAGCAUAAAUGCCAAUAUAACAAUGUGGCGAACAAUAGCAACAUCUUUUGAUACAUUCCGUUGCCGUAGGUACCGGUAGAACCCUGUUCGUUGCCCUUUUCCUUCCUGCCACAAUCUCCAAUAGUAUCUCGACAGCUUGGACGUGAUUGUAUGAAACGUCUUUGCCUGCUGAAGAGGAGGGCACGUAGAUUCGAUUCAAGCAGCAUUGCUAUCGCACUGGUACCGUUGUUGUGCUCGUCACUGUUGAGACCGUAGUACCAGCAAGUAGCUAUCUACCGGUAUCUGGGCCAGGGAUCAGCCUGGACGGGAAGGUAUAAACCCUUCUUGUCCUGCAGAACAGGAAGGCAUUCGUGUCGCCGAACAACACGAAGCCUAGCAUUCUUCCGGUGCAGUAGCUGCAUAUCAGAGGCAAGAAAGAGCAAACGUUCAGUGGAAACAAGUUCACUGCUGGGCCAAAAAAAUGAAUCAGUCCCAUACUGUAACUUGACGGACAUCUGCACAAUAGUGUCAAUGCUGUGUCUUUCAACGAAGAUUCCAGGCAUGGGAGAAAGAUCCAUCUGAUUUUUGUUCUGAUAGCCACCCUCCUCUGCGUUGGCUGCCCACCAUCAUCACAGAGAACUUUGUUCCUACCCUCCCUGUCUUUGAAAAUGCUACCCAUCUCAGCCCCUUCGUCAACAAAAAUAGCUAGAGAAGUGUGCGUCGGGAAACAUGGCCGUAGAUGUUGUACCAGAAAAGAUCCGUAACACGUGUACUGGCUCGUACGAAAGCCAUGUGAGUACGAAUGCCCAAUUAGCUCUGACGUCAUACAGCUCAUUGGAGGAAACCAAAAGGAGAGGGCUUUGAAACCACGUACACUUGCCACCAUUGCUCUCCGCUGACUCCUUGCCUUGCCUUCGACCUUCUCCCUUUGAUGGAGCCUUGAUAACAACGACGACGUCUGCACUGACCAGAAGAACAGCCAGAAGAAAACUCGGUGGUAGUCUUACACUAUCUGGAGUCGAGUCAGCAAAAAGUACACAGUGUAGUCUUUGCUAUAAAGCAGAUUGUGUUGCAAAUCUUUCCUCACAAG